AUGCAAUUGGUAACGCGCUGGCGCGACUGGAGCCCAUUGCGCCUGCUUCCCUCGAGGUUCUCCUAUCAGCAAGUCCCGGCACUGUCCAUCAGCAGUCUCAACCUCGAUGGCCCGCCGAGCGGCCUGCCAUGGCGGGAGCCGCGCCGGCGAUGCGGACUGGGCGGAAAGAUGACCCUGACCAAAGGCAUUACGCUGGCGAUAAUGGCGAUCGUGGUUCUGGCUUUGGGCGCGGGAGGAGGACAUCAAUACCAUCGGCAUAGGCAGCGGAUCAAAGAGGAGGAUAAGCCCGUGCCAUACUUCUGGCAGCACUAUCACCGACUGAACGGAUUCUACAAUGGCAUACGGACACUGGUGAAGCAGGAAGACUAUGUUCCGGAGAAUGGCUACAACCAGACAGAACCGAUGCCCAUGCCGACACAGGGUUAUCACUCGGAGCCACCAAUGGACCCUGUGGUGUAUGACCCAUAUCCAGACUACACUUCCGAAGCCUACCUUGAAAAUCACCACGCAGUCGCGCCGUGCUUUUUAGAUGCCGCCGACGAGGUAUCUGUGCCGGAUGUCUACGCAUAUCCUGGAGUACCCCAGCACAUGACACAGCCCUUUUUCGGCGCAUAUGAGGCGCUUGGUAUCCGGGACGACGUAUGUUUUGAGCGCUUCGGGAGACUCGGACCAUACGGUUACGGCUACAAGGAGAGCCAUGGUGGCCUAGGGCCAGGCUUGCAGUCCGAAAACGUUGGAAGCGAAAAGGUUUACAAACAGACUGGAUUCAUUGACUACGCCAAAGUCGAUUGGGGAGAGGCCCAGCAGCGGUGCUUUGCUAAGAACAAGCAUCGCUUCGAAGAUGACACAGCUUCUGGCAAAAAACGCAUCUCUCGCCAAGCCUAUGUUUUACGUACGUGGACCGGCUAUGAGUACGAUCCGCAACAGAUUCUAUCCCUUCGAGCCAUGAUCGCCGAAUUGAGUCUGAAAUCUGGUGGUGAAUACGAUGUACACCUUCUGGUACACGUCAAGGAUAACAGCAUUCCGAUAUGGGCAAGUAAGGAGGCAUAUCGCGAGACGCUCGAGGCAAAUGUCCCGAAAGAGUUCUGGAACAUUAGCACACUUUGGUCCGAGGCGCAGAUGAUCACAUACUACCCCGAGCCAUUCCCCUUCAACUUCGCCAACAUGGCAGGAGCUGGGAUACAUGGCGUGUACCGCAGUGCUCACUUCGCUCUCCAAUGGUUCAGCCAGCAACAUCCGGAGUAUGAUCACUUUUGGAAUUGGGAGAUGGACAUUCGCUACACUGGACAUUACUACGAAUUCAACAACCGCAUUGGUGAAUGGGCGAAGAACCAACCGCGAAAGGGCCUAUGGGAGCGCGGUAAGAGAUUUUACAUUCCCAAGAUACAUGGCGACUAUGCGAACUUCACAGCAUUUGUUGAGCAUGAGACCCGGGAGAAGGAUGCGCACCAUGUUGAUCAGAAGCAAAGCGGUCCCGUGCCCAUUUGGGGUCCAGUAAACACUUUCCCCAACAAAGGCAUGCUGCCGCCUCUCAAUGGGACCAAACCACCGACCUCUUACGACAAGGACAAUUACGAGUGGGGCAAGGGUGAAGAAGCAGAUCUGCUAGUCUUCAAUCCUUUGUUCGACACGAGCGUCACGAACUGGGUAUUCAGACUGGAUGUCACUGGUUAUGACAACACCUUGGCGCCGCCGCCGCGUCGCGCAGCGAUCAUUACYGUUGCGCGGCUGUCCAAACGCUUGCUCGACACCAUGCAUGAGGAAGUGUGGAGGAUGAAGCAUACUAUGUUCCCUGAAAUGUGGCCGCCGAGUGUUGCUCUGCAUCAUGGGUUGAAAGCUGCGUACGUGCCACAUCCCGUGUACUUCGACAGAGACUGGGACGUCGAGUAUCAAAACCAGAUCUUCAACUACCCAAAAGAGGAAUGGGAGAGUCCAUUUGGAUGGGGUGAGCAUAAUCUUCUCGGAAGCAGUUUCUACUACAACUCCGGCUUCAGUGGAGCGCUUUGGAGACGAUGGUUGGGGCAGGCGGAGAACUUCGAAGGUGGUCGCAAACAAGAGGAGCAAGGGACUGGAAGGAUGUGUCUCAGGGGAACGCUGCAUCAUCCAGUCAAGCAUGAGAAGGGUCCAACUGGAUAG